AUGUCCUCUGCUUGCCUCCGGGCCUUCACGGCUCGCCCGUGCAGCCAGCGGGUCUCCUACAGGCGGCCUGUGUUCGCCCAGGCAGAGGGAGCCACCAAGACGGCCGCACCAGUGGCAGUCAAGCUCAAGGACGCUGGCUACAACACGCGGCAGGGCACGAGCCGGCAAGUGCACAAGCAGAACGAGGACCGCUACCAGCUAGAGGUGGCGGAGGCGGCGGUGGCGGAGGGCAUGCCUGAGGUGUACGCCGCGGUGUUUGACGGCCACGGCGGCGCGGGUACGGCCGACUGGCUCACCGCCAACCUGCUCAAGUAUGUGGAGAAGUACUGGCAGGGGGCCAACGCGCCUGAGAAGGCCAUCACCGAGGCAUUCAUCCAGGCAGACAAGCAAAUCCUGGCUCCCAAGGGCGGCUUCAUGGGCAUGGUGGGCGAGCGCGGCAUCGGCGGCAGCAAGUGCGGCAGCACCGCCGCCGUGGCGCUCAUCUACAAGCACCAGGGCAAGAGCCAGCUGCUGGUGGCCAACUCGGGGGAUGCCCGCGUGCUGCUGGUGCGCGGCGGCCAGGCCAUCCAGCUGACCGAAGACCACGUGCCAGACAACGAGGUGGAGCGCAACCGCAUCGAGCGGUACAACCCCAACAAGAAGAUGCCGCUGGUGCGCUACGUGGGCGGCACCUGGCGCGUGGGCGGCCUGCUGGCGCUGUCCCGCGCCUUUGGCGACGCGUACCUCAAGGGCAGCGACCAGUUUGAGGGGGUGUCCUUCUACGCCUCAGACUCCUACGCCUCCGGCUUUGGCGUGAUUGCCGAGCCCCACACCUCUGUCACCGACCUCACAGAGGAGGAUGGCUGGAUCAUCGUGUCGUCAGACGGGCUGCUGGCGAACGAGGAGCGUGGCGGCGGCGGCGGCCUCAGCAAUGAGGAUGUGGUGGCCAUCUGCUCCAAGCUCGCCUCCAAGCCCUGCAACGACAUUGCCGCCGAGCUCAACAAGCAGGCGGUGGCGGCCGGCAGCACCGACGACGUCACCACCCUGGUGCUCAAGCUGAAGUGA